AUGGUGCUGCUGGCGGCCAACGGCCUCAACGUCGCCAGCCACGUGGCGCUCGAGGGGCUGUUCAGGCAUGGCCCGCAGUUCGUGCUCGAGAGGAACCUCAAGGCGCUCAUCGUGCUAAAGACAUGUCAAGAUGGAGAACUGGGUCCCCGGAGCGCCCGGCUCAACAAUGCAGACAACAAACUGCUCUCAUCCUUCUGCCCAACCACCCAAGCCGCGAGGCCGCGGAAGGCCCCGUCGCCCCAGUCGAGGCACCGAACCGGCGCGGCGCCAAGUGGCGAUCGUGCCACAGCCGACGCCAGCCGUAACCGCACCAAUGCCCAGCCAGCCCCACCCUUCGGCCGACUGGACGAGGAAAGAGAAACCACCGGUGGCGCGCUCGGUGGGCCACCCACGGGCGACAGCGCCAAAUCGGGCGUCUUUCUCGCGGAGGCCCUCAAUGGGUUGGUCAAGCGGGUGCGCCAGCUCGAGCACGACAACGCCCGCCUGAAGAAACGCCAGCGCAAGCACCGCGAGGCCCUGCGCGAGCUCCGAUCGCUGGUCGCCCAACACCAACACGCACCACCGCACUCGGACCAGCCAAGGUUGGAACAGAAGGCAGAUCGCUGUCGACCCGCCACCGCCGCCGUCAUCCCACAUCAACCGUAUUGUCCGCAGGCGUCGUCGCCGGUCGUCAUCAGCGAUCGUGUGGUGCUCCAACAGUUCCCGUUCCUUCGGGACUACGACAUGCGCGGCAGACCCUUCGUCGGUGCCGAUCCUGGGAAGCCUACACUUGUGAGCUAUUUCGCCGGACCGCUGCAAGCUCGGCACAUGUUUGUCAACCCGCAGCUGUGCCGACUGGUGGGCCACUCGCAGGAGGAUUUGCUGUUCUCCAAACCGCGCACAUUCAUGAUUCUCGUGCCCGACAAGACCUGGCAGCUCCACCGCCUUCUCUUCGGCACCGGGGAGCCGAUGGGUGUGAGUGAUAUCGUGUGGCAACGUGCGGAGAUGAUGCAGCGAACGGGCCACAUGGUCGACGCCCACAUCAGAGCGCAGUUCUUCUACGGACCCACAGGCCAGGAGGGAGCAUGUGAUGAUGAAGAGCAGCACCAAGAGAAGCUGGAGCUGUACUGUGAUCAGCUGAAGCAGAGAGCCGAGCUGGAGUGGCGCCAGUUCAGGGAUGCCUCCCACAUCACUCCUGCUGCACGGUCCAUCUUUGCUUCUGAACAACUCCACAAAGAUUGUAAAUAG